UAUUAUCGUUCAGUGCUGAAUUGCCUUCAGCAGGCACAGUUACUCAACGAAUAUCAAGCAAAACAACUUGUUACCCAAUCCUCGUACAAGGCAAUCGACCCAGCGUCCGUUCAGUUCAGUUUCGCGCCAACUCCUUCUUGAAACGCACCUUGCCGACCAUAGAAACGAACAGAUCGAUGCGGGAUAACCUAAAUGUUUUUGUUUACAUCAAUCUGACAUCUCGAAAUCCCGGUAUACGAAAUAUCUGUAAGUUUGAAUGUAUUUAUUGUGACACUGAUACAAGACCACGGAUCCAGCAGAGAAUGGUUUGAUGAAGUGAAUUGAAACGAUCAGUUUUUUCAUCGAAAUUCGAGGUAUUAAUGUGUCGGAUAGUUAUAGGUUAUAUUAAAAAAAGUGCUAUGUAUUCUUUUACCAUUUUUGCGGUUUUUCUCGCUUUGUUCUCUUCGAAAUGUGUCGAUUGUUUGGAGAAUGGACUGGCCAGAACACCGCCGAUGGGCUGGUUGGCCUGGGAAAGGUUCAGAUGUAAUACCGAUUGCAAAAAUGACCCUGACAACUGCAUUAGUGAAAAUCUGUUCCGAACGAUGGCGGACAUUCUAGUCAACGAGGGAUAUGCCGCCUUAGGUUACAAUUACAUCAACGUCGACGACUGUUGGCUCGAGAAAGAAAGAGAUAGAUACGGCCAGCUAGUCCCAGACAGGCAGAGAUUUCCAAGAGGGAUGAAAUCGUUAGCCGACUACGUUCAUUCGAAAGGACUGAAAUUCGGAAUUUACGAAGAUUUCGGGAACUACACCUGUGCCGGAUACCCUGGCGUUUUGGGAUAUCUCCAGAAUGACGCUGAAACUUUCGCCUCUUGGGAUGUGGACUAUGUGAAACUGGAUGGAUGUUACGCGCAUCCGUCCGAAAUGGACAGAGGAUAUCCGGAAUUCGGUUUUCAUCUCAACAGGACCGGCAGACCUAUGAUCUACUCGUGCAGUUGGCCUGUAUAUCAGAUUUAUGCUGGUAUGCAGCCUAAUUUCACCUCAAUCAUUGAACAUUGCAAUUUGUGGAGGAACUAUGACGAUAUACAGGACUCCUGGUCCAGUGUCGAGAGCAUAAUAGAUUAUUUCGGUAAUAAUCAGGAUGUUAUCGUACCUAACGCCGGUCCUGGACACUGGAAUGAUCCCGACAUGCUGAUUGUUGGCAACUUUGGACUGAGCUACGAACAGAGUAAGACUCAGAUGGCCAUAUGGGCAAUAAUAGCAGCACCCUUGCUCAUGUCUGUUGAUCUCAGAACCAUAAGGCCGGAAUACAAGGCUAUUUUGCAAAAUAAGAAAAUCAUAGCGGUUGAUCAAGAUCCUCUCGGUAUACAAGGAAGGAGAAUUUACAAGCACAAAGGAAUAGAGAUAUGGUCCAGGCCGAUCACACCACUCUUCCAAAACUACUUCUCUUAUGCCAUAGCUUUCGUGAAUAAGAGAACAGACGGUACUCCUUCUGACGUGGCAGUAACGCUCAAGGAAUUAGGACUGACAUCCCCUACGGGGUAUAGGGUAGAGGAUUUGUAUGAGGAUGUUAACUACGGAAUUCUAUCACCACUGACCAAGAUCAAAGUGAAGGUAAAUCCUUCAGGUGUUGUCAUUCUCAGAGCAGACGUCCAGCCGGAGUUCAACAACAGACGAGUCCCAUUUUACACCACCCAGAGGACAAUAUAUGACCCUUUGACCCAAGUUUUUAGGGUUAGGAAUAACAAUGAAUUUUAGAACUUAAAACCUCGAUAAGUUGUGUAUAUACGAUUUUUUUAAAUUAUACCAUACUUUUAAGUUGAUCUUGUGACGAGUACUUCUGAGCGUGUUAGUUUAGGUCGAAUUGAAAGAAAUUUUGAUAGGAUUUUUGCCAGUGGCGGACUGGUUGCGCGAAUGCCUCUACAACUGUAGUGUUUAAUCUCCUUGCCAAACAUAUCCUUGUAGAAUAUCGAGCGUUCUGCAAGUAAAUUCUGGACCAAAUUUUUCUGAAUAAUCUCGAAAACUCUCGGAUUAUUAUUGUCUCAAAUAUUGUAUUCAAGCGCCAUAUCAAAAAUGUAAUGCAUCAGAGUGGCAUUAAUCAAUUUCCGUCCGCACUUUUUGAAGUUUCAUCAGAUUUUCAGUUUAUUUAUUGCCCAUUGUAGAAGAAAGCUGUUUAAGUGUUAAUAAAACAUAAAUAAUU